GAUCCAAUAGCCGGGGCCGGCGAAUUCCAUCGCCAUUGUCCUUCCAGUCGCGUAGACGGUACGCGCGCGGCAGAGAAAUCGGACGGGGCUGUCAGAACUCGGGGGAACAGUAUCGCGAAGAAAGUGAUAAGAAAAAGGACGGGCGCCUCCUGCGAGGAGUGACCGUAGUGCGGCGAAAGUAUUAAUUGCGAUCGUCGCUAUUUAUUUGCUCCCCCUGUCUACCCAUCGGGAAAAUCGUUAUGGCGGUCAGAGUGUGCGCGCGCGUUAUUAUACAGCUCGUCAUCGUUGUGUCCGCAUCCAAUUUCAUCGCCGACGCCGACGCUGACGUAGAUCAUCGCGAGGAGUGGGUCGUCAGGAUACAAGGGGGCUCGCAAGUAGCAUCGCUAUUAGCCGCUCAGUCCGGUUACAAACACCAUGGUCCGGUUCUUGGAUUCAAGGACACAUAUAUAUGGCUUAAGGAUGAUAAUCCGAGCCAGAAGAAAAGAGGAAAUAUUCGCCUGACGAAGGCUCUUAAUGCAAACUCUAAGAUCAUCUGGGCGGAUCAACAGAAAAUUAUCAAACGAAUUAAACGCGAUUAUAUCUCGUCAGCCGAUUUGGAUUCUGAAAGACCUUUAACGCGAGAGAAACGUCUACACUUAAUAAACAUAUAUGAAGAUGCACCAAAUGGCAACAUAAAUCAUGAUGCUGUCCAUAAAUUACGGACAUUCAACGAUGAACUUUGGGAUCAGGAAUGGUAUCUGCAAGAUACGAGGACGAAUAAAGCUUUGCCGAAGCUCGACUUAAACGUUCUGCCUCUCUAUCGACUGGGGAUAACUGGUCGUGGAGUAAGGAUUGCUGUUCUCGACGAUGGUUUAGAAUACACUCAUGAUGACCUGCGGAACAACUACGAUGCGGCCAUUAGUUACGACAUAAAUGAAGGCGAUGAUGAUCCUUUUCCAAGAUAUGACGUGUCAGGGAUGAACGGUCACGGUACCAGGUGCGCCGGCGAGAUAGCGAUGGAGGCUGACAACCAAAAGUGCGGCGUCGGUGUCGCUUUCGAGGCAUCCAUCGGCGGCAUCAAGCUCCUCGAUGGCCUGGUGAACGACCGUGUGGAGGGCGAAGCGCUGGGGUACAGAAUCGAACUUAUUGACAUCUACACGGCUUCCUGGGGACCGGCGGACGAUGGAAAGAGUUUGGAGGCACCUGGUAGACUCGCUGUCGAAGCGCUCGAACGUGGCAUAACAGAAGGCCGUGAAGGUAAAGGUAACAUUUAUGUUUGGGCUUCUGGGAAUGGUGGCUCUAAAUCGGAUGACUGCGGAUGUGACGGAUACGUCGGGAGCAUAUACACCGUGGCUGUCGGAUCAGCCAGUCAAACCGGAAGAUUUCCUUGGUAUGGAGAAAGAUGCCCCGCUACUCUCGCUACGACGUACAGCAGCGGCGCGUAUCACGAUCAAAUGAUAGCAACAACGGAUCUACGAAACACCUGCACGACCAGGCACACGGGUACUUCAGCUUCCGCCCCAUUAGCCGCCGGAAUAUUGGCUCUCGCGCUGCAAGUAAACAACAACUUAACGUGGAGGGACAUCCAACAUCUGAUAGCUUGGUCGUCGGAAUACAUUCCUCUCAGCGGAAAUCCGGGCUGGUUUAAAAACGCCGCUGGAUUCUGGUUCAACUCACGCUUCGGUUUCGGACUUAUGAACGCGUACGCGCUGGUAAUGGCGAGCUACAACUGGACGACAGUGCCGGAGAAGACUAUUUGCAGAGUGGAUAACGCGUACAUCGCCGAUAUCAAACUGAUUUAUGGAUAUUCAAAGAAACUGCAAUUCGAUGCCGAUAACGUUUGUCGGACACCAGGGAGCGAAAUAAUCUUUCUGGAGCAUGUGGAAGUCGAGGCGAAUCUCGAGUACUCUCGCCGCGGCGCACUGCAGAUGCGUCUGACUGCGCCUUCAGGGACCUCAAUCCAGAUUCUAGGUUCAAGAAAGCUAGAUAAUUCUGACGCUGGUUUUACGAAGUGGAAAUUCAUGUCCGUCGCAACGUGGGGCGAAGAUCCUCGAGGAACUUGGACCUUGGACAUACUUGACGAAAUAGGCCCGGAGCAAAAUAAUGGCACAAUUGGAGUAUUUACAUUAAUUCUACACGGUACCGUGCAAAUUCCGAUUUACCGCCGAAACGGACCGCGAAUCUACAACAAAGACUACAAUCGAAUACGCAACACCCACGAUGUGGUAGAAUCGAACGCGGUAAAUCCUAUAGAAAAUGAAUACGACCAAGAGAUAUCAGAAAUAAAUAGCAUUUGGUACAAACAGUGGUUGAAGAAGCUACUAGAAUUAUGAUAAUCAAUUCCCUAGUAUCUCAUUGAAACAAUUAUUAAAUUAUUGAACCAAUUAGAAACAUUUUAAUAAUUACCAUGAUAUCUUUCAAAACACAAUUAUUAUGAUUAUCCCUCACAAUUAUUAAUUCUCACACAGACUUGCGUCAAAAUAAACUAAUUGUGACAGUGAUAGCUUUUAUUAGUCAUAUCGAAUUUCUAUUCUGAGAAUACGACGUAUGAAUACAUUAAUUGCAAAUUUAUGAGAAUUUGCCAACAUGUACAACAUUAACAAACACUAGA